GGGAGCCGGGCUCCGAGCUGAGGGCGGGGGAAGCGGCGCCGAAGUUUGCCUCGGACUCACCGGGCGCUGCGGCUGCUCCCUUCGCGAGGACUGUUGCUGCCUCCGCCGCUGCUUCAUUGCACAUUCAAGUGGAAAAUUUUCAGGAGUCAGCAGAAACAUUGUGUCCAAAAAAGACUGAGUCGCAGUUACCACCAAACCCUGGAGGAGACUCUCCCUGGAAAACUUCCCUUCGGUUUAUUUUCUUGAAAAGGCUCCAGGCUUCGGCUUGGAACAUCCAACCGCCAAAAUUGAGCCCAGCAGCUGGAGCGGCAGUGAGAGCCCUGCCGAAAACAUGGAAAGGAUGAGUGACUCUGCAGAUAAGCCAAUGGACAACGAUGCAGAAGGGGUCUGGAGCCCUGAUAUUGAGCAGAGCUUUCAGGAAGCCUUGGCUAUCUACCCACCGUGUGGGAGGAGGAAAAUCAUCUUAUCAGACGAAGGCAAGAUGUACGGUAGGAAUGAAUUGAUAGCCAGAUACAUCAAACUCAGGACAGGGAAGACGAGGACCAGAAAACAGGUGUCUAGUCAUAUACAGGUCUUAGCAAGAAAGAAAGUUCGAGAAAUUCAAGCCGCCAUUAAGGUGUCUAGUCACAUUCAGGUUCUUGCCAGAAGGAAAUCUCGUGAUUUUCAUUCCAAGCUAAAGGUGACAAGCAUGGAUCAGACUGCAAAGGAUAAGGCACUUCAGCAUAUGGCUGCCAUGUCGUCAGCCCAGAUCGUCUCGGCCACUGCCAUUCACAACAAGCUGGGGCUGCCUGGGAUUCCACGCCCCACCUUCCCAGGGGCGCCGGGGUUCUGGCCGGGAAUGAUACAAACAGGGCAGCCAGGAUCCUCACAAGAUGUCAAGCCCUUCGUGCAGCAGGCCUACCCCAUUCAGCCAGCCGUCACAGCCCCCAUUCCAGGUUUUGAGCCUGCGUCAGCCCCAGCUCCCUCAGUCCCUGCCUGGCAGGGCCGCUCCAUUGGCACAACCAAACUUCGCCUGGUGGAAUUCUCCGCUUUCCUCGAACAGCAGCGAGACCCAGACUCGUACAACAAACACCUCUUCGUGCACAUUGGGCAUGCCAACCAUUCUUACAGUGACCCGUUGCUCGAAUCAGUGGACAUUCGUCAGAUUUAUGACAAAUUUCCUGAAAAGAAAGGUGGCUUAAAGGAACUGUUUGGAAAGGGCCCUCAAAAUGCCUUCUUCCUCGUAAAAUUCUGGGCUGAUUUAAACUGCAAUAUUCAAGAUGAUGCCGGGGCUUUUUACGGUGUAACCAGUCAGUAUGAGAGUUCCGAAAAUAUGACAGUCACCUGUUCCACCAAAGUUUGCUCCUUUGGGAAGCAAGUAGUAGAAAAAGUAGAGACGGAGUAUGCAAGGUUUGAGAAUGGCCGAUUUGUAUACCGAAUAAACCGCUCCCCGAUGUGUGAAUACAUGAUCAACUUCAUCCACAAGCUCAAACACUUACCAGAGAAAUAUAUGAUGAAUAGUGUUUUGGAAAACUUCACAAUUUUAUUGGUGGUAACAAACAGGGAUACCCAAGAAACUCUCCUCUGCAUGGCCUGUGUAUUUGAAGUUUCAAAUAGUGAACAUGGAGCACAGCAUCAUAUUUACAGGCUUGUAAAGGACUGAACAUGGUUAUUUAUAUAUAGAGAUACCUGUAUAUACACACACACACACAUAUGUGCACACACACACUCUCCAUUAUUGAAUGACUGACUGUAAACCUCACCGCGCAGGGAUGGUCCCCUGGCCCUGAGGUCGCCCUACUUUUCUAAGCCCUGUUUGAGUGAAAUCAUUUUUUCAUGUAUUCAUCCUAUCAUUGUAGCUGUGAAGUUCUGGUACAGUUGUCAAAAGAGAAAUCAAGUUGUUUCUAUGUGUUCUUCAGAUCUGCAGCCCACAAUUUCUCGGAAAAGGUGAACCUUAAGAACCCCAGUCUCUGUCUGCAGAGACCUGUUUCUGAUUGUGGUAAAAUAUAUCCAGACAGAGCAUUUGCCAUGGGACAUUUACAGCCUUUAUACAAAUGUAUUUAGUUCUUUUGUUUUUCCAACGUAAAAUCCUUGUUUUAAGAUACAAGUAAAAUUAAUCUUUAAAUGUAAAUGUAAAUUAGUACACAAAACUAAGAAUCUUUAGACUUAUCUUUGUAACUAAUUAGGGUGGAAGUUAUGAAAGAAUGUAAUUCACUAAAUUAUUUUUUAAAUGAAACUUUUCUUUCUUUUUGAAAACCAAAUGUUAAAAUAUAGCCUUAAGAAAUGCUUGGUAGAAAUACCCUAAUGAGACAAAUUUGUACUUUUUUUGCAAGGUUAAAACUAAUCUCCUAAUCCAUUAAACUCUUGAACAGGUAUUACAAAAGAAGAAAACUUCACCCCUUAUCCUUAACAUAUAUAGUAUAUUUAAAAAUAUAAAAUUGUAUUGUACUAAUGUGAUGAUUGAUUAUUUAAUGAAAAAGAAAAGAUGGCUUUUUUUUGCAAUAAGUAGAUAAAUACUGAAAAUCUAAACUUACAAUGUUUAUAGUCUUGUGUGUGCAGUUAUAUUUUAUAUGGACAACCAAAUUUUUUUAUUAAGAUGCAUAAAUAUUUGAACCACUGAAAUUUCAUAACAAAAAAAUUAAAAUUGGCAUGAAUACUGCACUGUGAGCUGCAAAGUAUAGAAAAUCCUGUGGCUGGGAGAACAUUUCAUCAACCAAACAAGUAAAAGGCUCAUCAGUUUUAGCAUCUCUGCUCCCCAGAAAUUCACAAGCAUCCUCACCAGCCUCUGGAUAAGUUGUUUAUUUCUGGUGAUCCAAUAUGCAUAUUAACCUGCUAUGAUUAUAUGUGUAUCUGUGUGUUUGUGUACACAAAUAUACACAUAUGCAUAUAUAGUUAUUCAACACAUAUUUAUUGAACCUAUUUAGUGUCACUCAGUUUGCUAGGUGCUGAUAUGUAUAUGUGUGUGUGUCUGUGUGUGUGUGUGUGUGUAUGUGUGUGUGUGU